ACUGAAAAGGCAUCUUAGGGGUAUAGCCUCCUGAUGGCCAUACGCCGUCAAAAACACUACUGCCAUUUCUAGGACUUCAUUCAACGGAGAAGUCGGAUUUGGGGAUUUUCUUCCUACUUCUCUCCUUAGGCUUUGUCGUAGACGACUGUUGCUUGGUUUGGGGCCUAAGAAAAAGGCCCCCCUCAAACUGGGACGUGCAGGCGGCAUCAUUCUGAAGCUCUUGGCGCGCCGCGUGGUCUCGGGUUUCGGUAGCAUGGGUCGGCGGUACCGGAACCGGCGACGCUCGCAGCAGCAGCAGCAGUCUCAGCAGCAACGCCCUGAAUCCCGAGAGGAUGCGACGGACAGGGAUGGGAAGCGGGAUAAGUCGGGCUGGGAAGGUGGUUACCCCGAGAUCAUCAAAGAGAACAAAUUGUUUGAACAUUACUACCAGGAGCUAAACAUCGUGCCGGAAGGAGAAUGGGAGCAGUUCAUGCAGGCUCUCCGGGAACCCCUCCCGGCCACGCUCAGAAUCACUGGAUACAAAUGCCAUGCAAAGGAAAUUCUACAUUGCUUGAAGAACAAAUAUUUCAAGGAAUUAGAGGAUCUGGUGGUAGAUGGACAGAAAGUUGAAGUACCACAGCCUUUAAGCUGGUAUCCAGAAGAACUUGCAUGGCACACAAAUCUAAGCAGAAAAAUCUUGAGAAAGUCUCCACAACUGGAAAAAUUUCACCAGUUUUUGGUUAGCGAAACUGAAUCUGGAAAUAUUAGUCGUCAGGAAGCUGUCAGUAUGAUUCCACCCCUGUUGCUUAAUGUUCAGCCUCAUCAUAAGAUUUUAGAUAUGUGUGCAGCACCUGGAUCAAAGACUGCCCAGUUAAUUGAAAUGCUUCAUGCUGAUAUGAAUGUUUCCUUUCCAGAGGGAUUUGUUAUCGCUAAUGAUGUUGACAACAAACGCUGCUAUUUGCUGGUUCAUCAAGCAAAAAGGUUAAGCAGUCCUUGUAUCAUGGUUGUAAACCAUGAUGCUUCCAGCAUACCUAGACUUCAAAUAGACAUGAAUGGAAAGAAAGAGGUUCUCUUCUAUGAUAGAAUUUUAUGUGACGUGCCCUGCAGUGGAGAUGGUACAAUGAGGAAAAAUAUUGAUGUAUGGAAAAAGUGGACAACACUAAAUAGCUUGCAACUACAUGGUUUACAGCUUAGGAUAGCAACACGUGGAGUUGAGCAGCUGGCUGAGGGUGGUAGGAUGGUGUAUUCUACUUGUUCAUUAAAUCCUAUAGAGGAUGAAGCAGUUAUAGCCUCACUAUUGGAGAAAAGUGAAGGUGCUUUGGAGCUUGCUGAUGUUUCUUCUGAAUUGCCAGGAUUAAAGUGGAUGCCUGGAAUCACACAGUGGAAGGUAAUGACAAAAGAUGGGCAAUGGUUUGCAGAUUGGAAAGAUGUACCUCAGAGCAGGCAUACUCAAAUUCGCCCUACUAUGUUUCCCCCAAAAGGUCAAGAAAAUUUAAAGAAAAUGAACUUAGAACGUUGCCUACGAAUAUUACCACAUCACCAGAAUACCGGAGGGUUCUUUGUCGCAGUAUUAGUCAAGAAAUCUUCGAUGCCUUGGAAUAAACGUCAGCCCAAGCUCCAGCGAAAAUUUCCUGUAGACACAGGAGAAGCUGUAGAAUCUGGUCCUUCAGUCCCUGUAGACGUGACUGCUUCAGCCCCUAAAGAAACAAGUCUUAUAGCUGCAGCCUGUGCAGAAACAAGUGACAGACCUAUUACUGAGACUGAGCAGGGGCAAACCAUUCAAAGAACUCAGCAUUUGGAGACUGACUUAAACAAGAAAGAUGGUGUGUGCGGCCCACCCCCAUCGAAGAAAAUGAAGUUAUUUGGAUUUAAAGAAGAUCCAUUUGUAUUUAUUCCUGAAGAUGAUCCUUUAUUUCCUCCUAUCCAGAAUUUUUAUUCUUUGGCUCCUUCAUUCCCAAAGAUGAAUUUAUUGACUCGAACCCAGGAAGGGAAGAAAAGACAAUUGUAUAUGGUUUCUAAGGAGCUAAGAAAUGUGCUGCUGAAUAAUAGUGAAAGGAUGAAGGUUAUUAACACGGGGAUAAAAGUUUGGUCUCGGAAUAAUGAUGGUGAACAGUUUGGUUGUGCUUUCCGCCUAGCACAAGAGGGAAUAUAUACAUUGUAUCCAUUUAUUAAUUCGAGAAUCAUUGUUGUAUGCAUAGAAGAUAUUAAAAUUUUAUUAACCCAGGAAAAUCCAUUUUUUAGUAAGUUUAGCAGUGAGACAUCCAGACAAGCUAAGGAUAUGGCAAAAGGAAGCAUUGUUCUGAAAUAUGAACCAGAUGCUCAAAAACCAGAUACUCUUCAGUGCCCUAUUGUCUUAUGUGGAUGGCGUGGAAAGACUUCAAUUCGUGCCUUUGUGCCUAAGAAUGAACGACUUCAUUAUCUAAGGAUGAUGGGAGUAGAGGUGUUUAGAGAGAAAAGAAAAGAAGAAUCUGCAAAUAAAUUAGAGGAGAGCCAGGCCAUUACCAAAGAGACGGAUAUGGAAUGUAGAACAAAAGAAUUGGUCAACUCAGAUUCGCAAAUGGAAGAUGAAUUAGAUGAGUUGAUACAGGAACCAAUGGAAAGUGCUCUUGAAGGAACAGAGGCUAAAACAGGAAAUGAUGAGCCACAAGAUUCUAAAACUGAAACUCAGUGCUGACUAUAACAAUGCCAAAGACCUGGUGCUUUUUUUUUUUUUUGCAUCUGCCUGCCUUGCUAUAUUGAGAUAAAAAUCUAGAAAUUUUAUCUAUCUGCAAAUACAUUUUUAAAAAUAUAUUACAGAGGUGUGAACAUUAUCAUACACUGCCCCUCAUUUUACCCUUUUUUGGAGUUUAGCAAAAAGUAUUUUUCAGUCGUUUAUAAAGUAACUGCCUUUCUUGGCUCUUUUGGUUUAAUGGCACUGCUGGUUUUGGUGUGUCUAUUGCCGGCAAUGGACUUUGCACUAGCAAAAUCUUAUUUCCAUUGUAAGAACUGAAGAAUAAAACUGCUUAUGGAUUUUCCUUUUUUAGAAUCUUUUUGUGUUGACCAUAUUUGUUGGAAAGAAUUCUCAUAAAGUAGAGAUGAAUGGAUCUUAAGAUCCAGUAAUGAUUUUUAAAAUACAUAUAUAAAAAUGCACAUACACAAAAAUGUGUAUGUAUAUAAAAGUAUAUAAAUCCUUAUGAAAAAUGCUGUUUGCUUUAAUAGUUGUGUAAAUUGCACAUUUUAGGUGAUAUAAUUUUUAUGCAAUAAGGUUAAUAUCUGAGUUUUCAGAUAACCACUGUACCUUUUGAAAUAAAGGACAAGUAAAUAUUUCUUGGAAUACUUUUAUGUAUUGUGACUUUGCUUACCAGCAGAAUAUGAACUUAUUUAACUGAAUUUUUUGUAUGGUUCUGUUUUUAUAAUUGGUGUCUCCAUUUCCUUCUCACUUUCAAGUUCUUAACUCUGCAGUGUCACUUUCAACUAUAUCAUUCAGGAGAAACUGCUUUCCAAAGUUAAUAAUAAUCUCUUAUUUGCCAAAAUCUAAUGGAGUGUUCUCAGUCCUCAUUGUUCUUAAUCUUUGUAGCCUCUGACACUGUCAGUCACCCUCUUCUUGAUACUUUAUAUUUUCAUGACAACUUUCUUAUAUAUCUGAUUUCUUCUCCUUUGUUUCUUCGGGUCACCUUGGCUAUUGAGACUAUUCUCCCUCUGUACUCUUUCAUUUGGCAAUCUCAUCUCCCCAUUGAUUUACUUUUAUGUAAAUGAAGAUGAUUUUCUGUUUAUCUAGCCCUAACCUUUCCUAACUUCUGAUCUCACAUCUUCAGCUGUCUAUUGGACAUUUCAACUGAAUGUCUUGUAAACUGAAUGCAUGAUCUUUACCCCAGCACCCUCCCCUCUUUUAGGUGGUACAAUGAAUAAGAGUGUUGGACUUGGAUGGCCCAAGAUCAAAUCUAGACACAGCCUCUUAACUGUAUGGCCUGGAUGAGUUGCUCCAGGUCUGAGUAUAGCCUCAUUACUAGGGUUGUUGGAAAAUCAAAUGAGAUCAUGUGUUUAAAGCACCUAAGUUGGUGCCCUACACAUUAAAAGGUACUUAAUAAAUACUUGUUUUCUUUUUACUAUCAAGGAUUGCCACCAUCCCAGGUGUCUAGGUGAGAUGACCUAGGUGUCAUCCUUGACUCCAUGCAUUUUUCCUGCAUAUCCAUUCAGUUGACAACUUAUGUAAUUUCUAUAUGAUAUCUUGUAUUUGCCCCCUUCUCUCCUCAUAUAAUGCCUCCAUCUUGGCACAGGCCCUCAGAACUUCCUGCCGAACAGUAGCCAUGGUUUGGUAGAGAAUCGGCCUCUAUAAAGACUCUUCCUCAGUGCAGGUUGUCCUCCACUGAGCUUUCAAACUGAUGUUCCUCAAGCAUAGAUCUGAUCAUGUAAUCUCCCAAUUAAAUUCCAGUGACUUCUAGUUACCACUGUCAUCAUAUAUAAAAUCCCUCGACUUUUUAUUUUUAGGCUUUCAUAAUCUGGCCUCUCCCUACAUUAACAGUCUUUUUAUGCUUUAUUCCCCUGCAUGUCCUUUGUGAUGAUGUGAAGGGCUCUGGAAUGUCCUCUCCCUCCCCCUUCCUGGCUUCUUUCAAGUCAGCUAAAGACCUGCCUAUGCUCAAGAAGCCUUUCCUAGCCUUCCUUAAUCUUAGUGCCUUCCCUAUGAGAUUAUCUCCAAUUUAUCCGGUGCAUAUCUUGUCUGUACAUUUUUUGCAUGUUGUCUCCCCCAUUAGACUGUGAGCUCCUUGAGGGCAGAGACUGUCUUUUCUUUGUGCCUCUGUUUAGCCUAGUGCCUGGCACAUAGAAGGCAUUUAAUAAAUGUUUGUUGACUUGAUUUAAUAAGCCAAAAGAUGCAUGGAAUAAUUAAAGAGUUAAUGACAGAGAUAUAUGUGAACUUUUUUCUGAAUAAUGGGAAAUUUGUUGGUUGGUUGCAUCAUCUCUGGCAACUAAACUCAGUCUCACUUGCAGAAAAUUAAUAAAAUUUUUGGACCAGUAAUGAAAA